CCGCGGGCGUCCCACGAGGUAAAGAUGCUGCGGGCGGAACCUGCGGGAGCGAGCGGGAUUCGGGGGCGCUCAAGUCGCAAGGGCAGGGCGGGAAGGAAGAUCCGGAGCGGGGCGCGGGAUCCGGAGCUGGAGGCCCCCAGAAUUUCCCCUCUGUGAAAAGGCAAGCUGGUCUGGAUAAGUGAGGCCGGCCCCAUGUAUCCGGAAUCAACCACGGGGUCCCCGGCUCGUCUCUCUCUGCGGCAGACAGGCUCCCCUGGGAUGAUCUACAGUACGCGAUAUGGGAGUCCCAAAAGGCAGCUCCAGUUUUACAGGAACCUGGGCAAAUCCGGCCUCCGGGUCUCCUGCCUGGGGCUUGGAACAUGGGUGACCUUCGGGGGCCAGAUCACCGAUGAGAUGGCAGAGCACCUCAUGACCCUGGCCUAUGACAAUGGCAUCAACCUGUUCGAUACCGCAGAGGUCUACGCUGCUGGCAAGGCUGAAGUGGUAUUAGGGAACAUCAUUAAGAAGAAGGGAUGGAGACGGUCCAGCCUCGUCAUCACCACUAAGAUCUUCUGGGGAGGAAAAGCGGAGACAGAGAGAGGCCUUUCGCGGAAGCACAUAAUUGAAGGACUGAAGGCUUCCCUGGAGCGACUACAGCUGGACUAUGUGGAUGUGGUUUUCGCCAAUCGCCCAGACCCCAACACGCCCAUGGAGGAGACCGUGCGGGCCAUGACCCACGUCAUCAACCAGGGGAUGGCCAUGUACUGGGGCACAUCACGCUGGAGUUCCAUGGAGAUCAUGGAGGCCUACUCGGUGGCCCGGCAGUUCAACCUGAUCCCGCCCAUCUGCGAGCAGGCAGAGUACCACAUGUUCCAGAGAGAGAAGGUGGAGGUCCAGUUGCCAGAGCUGUUCCACAAGAUUGGAGUGGGUGCCAUGACCUGGUCCCCUCUGGCCUGUGGUAUCGUCUCGGGAAAGUAUGACAGCGGUAUCCCGCCUUACUCCAGAGCCUCCCUGAAGGGCUACCAGUGGUUGAAGGACAAGAUCCUGAGUGAGGAGGGGCGGCGCCAGCAGGCCAAGCUGAAGGAACUGCAGGCCAUUGCCGAGCGUCUAGGCUGCACCCUCCCCCAGCUGGCCAUAGCCUGGUGCCUGAGGAACGAGGGCGUCAGCUCUGUGCUUCUGGGUGCUUCCAAUGCAGAGCAGCUUAUGGAGAACAUUGGCGCAAUACAGGUCCUUCCAAAAUUGUCGUCUUCCAUCGUCCACGAGAUCGAUAGCAUUCUGGGCAAUAAACCCUACAGCAAAAAGGACUAUAGAUCCUAAGUCAGCCCCACCACCUGCUCGGACAGUUUCCGGUUCCCUCGUCGUCUCUGUUCGCUCGCUUCUGCUGUUUCAAAGCCAAAUGCAGAGUGUGGUUCGUAUCCAAGGGGAAAACACUAUGCCCGGACGUCACCAGGAAACGACCUCCAAAGUCACCGCCAGAUGCCACCUGCCGCUUCUUCACUGGAUACUGUCUGACAGGUGCCAGGAGAUGGCAUCGAGUAGGGAGGACAUUCCAAGGCUCCCGCCCCAGCCUUCCACCUCUGCUUAUCCUUCAGGAAGGCCCUCCAUGGAGAUUCCAGACGUCUUGGCCGAAUGGAGUUCUAAUCCUCAGAGCAGGCAGGGCCGGCCUCUCUGCUAAGAACCCCUGCCUCCAGAGAGGGGCCCGCCACUUCCUAGCACCUCUCCAGCAGCCAGAUCCUGGUGGUUAGGGCAGGGCCCCCCUCUUUCCAUGGACACCGGGCACUUUGUUCAGGGCUGGCCAGGGGUCCCACUCUUCCCAGACCUUGACCUGACCCACAUGCCCAGUGGGCCUUGGCUAGGGUUGUACCCACCUACCUGAUCCUUGGCCCCCACCCUUACCCUUGCUGGCAGGGGCAAGGAUCCCAGCUGGCUUUCCCAGUGUCUUCCACCCUGCAUUCAGCUCCAGAUCCCCACGGCAGGGAAACCCAGCAGCAGGCUUGGAUGGAGCCCUCUGAUGUAUGCCCCUCUGUCCAGAACUGUAGACAGGUGUGGCAGCUGGCCAUGCUACAGGCAGGUCGCAGCAGACUGGGCCCAUGCUCACAAGACCAUGUUCCUCUCAGACCUCCCUCUGAUACCUCUGCUGUGCCGGGGCCGUGGGCUUGUGAUUUGAGCUUUCAGUGAGGGGGGCCUCCCUGGGGUUUCUGCUGCUGCAAACUGGGGGAGGAGGCAGAACUCCAGUAACCAUCCCCGGGUUGUAAGAAAAGAUCCCCAGGGACCACUCCCCAAAAAAGAUGGCCAGGAUUAUUCAUUCUCUGCUGCAUCCUGCCAUGCUGGCCCAGGACAGGCUGCGGAGAAGGAGAAAGGGCAGGGUGGGCAACCCCUUAGCAGUAGGAGCUAGGCAGAUGGUGGUACCAGGAAGCCUGCAGGUUUGAGCAGGGCAUGCUGCCUGGAGGCUCAGUCUCCAUGGUCCUAUGAUGCUUUGGGGACAGGGUCCUACCCAUGUGUGCUCCCUGACUCCCUAGAAGACCCAAGCCUCCUGCCCUGGACAGGCAGUGGCCAGUCCCCAGGUAUACACCUUGGAGACACAGCACCCGGCUUCUCUUCGGCAGCUGCUAUUGCAAGGCUCCUCUCUGUCGCUCUUUACCAUCUGUUGUCCAGCCAGAGCUGGGCAGAGGCUAGGGCAGGGUGGGGAGGAUGGAGGAACGAGACAGGCAGGAAGGAAGGCAGCAGGAUGAGCAGCUUCCUCUCUCUCACACACACAACCCCCCUGCACACCCCAGGCUCUCAGACCUUCACCACUGCUCACAGCCCCAAGCCCUGAGACCUCAGAAGCAGCCCUGUGGGUGUGGGGAUGGAGGCCAUAGGCUCUGGCACCUCCAUGCCUGAACUAGAGGACCCUGCUUCCUGGACAGGGCCCUGCAGUGGCCCAUCAGGAAGUAGCCAGCCCCGUCCACACAGCUGACCUCAACCCUGCUUGCUAUGUGGACCAGGCAUGCAGGGAUGCCCACAGUAGGAGCUGGUGCCGCCUGUGAGCCACACCUCAGAGCUAAGCCCCUGCUGGGUGUGUGCAAGAGACAGGAAGACAGGCUGCAGGGUGAGCCCUAGCUGCAGGCGGCCUCCUGGAUGACAUUUUAACAAAGUGUUUCUGGGAUAUUUUCUUCCUUAUAUUCUUUGGAGGAGUUGGGGAUCACCUGCCUCCAUGGAGGGAUUUGGGUAGGACGGUCUUGGGAGACCACAGAAGACACAUACGGGCAGCCUAUACAGGGGGAGCUGGCCUUGGGCCCUUGAAGGGUCUAAGGCCAGUUCCUUCCUCCAUGGCAACACAUGUCCCUUCCUCUGGCCCCAGGUGCCUGUUGGUCGGCACAGCCAGCCAGGCCUGAUACAGGAGGGGGCUGUUUGGGGGAUCUGGCACAUGGAGCCCUGCUAUUGCUAUCCCAGACCCAAGGUCCUGAGGCACCGCAGGACACCCGUGUGCCUGCUCUUGUCAAUCAUGUACAUAAUGUGCUUCCUCCCCCCAUUUUUUAACAAGCGUGGCUCCUUGCUAAUUGCACCCCACCAGGCCGACCGCAAGCGCCUCCAGCUUCCCAACAGACUCAGACCAAGGUGCAGCCCAUAUUUAUGGAAUGACAAAUAAAAUCCAAGCCCUUCGGUCUCCA